AUGGUGGAUAUGCGCCGGCAUCGUAUUGUUAGUGUAGUAGAAGAAACAUGGGGCAAAGGAACAAUUUUCACAGAUGAACCAUUAGAUGAACCGAUAGUAAGCGCACAAAAGAGAUUGAGUUAUCUCCAAUCUUCUUUAUAUUCAACUAUUUUGGAAGAUAUUAUUACACAGUUACGCAUACUAGAAUCCGUUAAUAAUGAGUUACAUAUUCACAAGACUAUGUCUGAUAUGGGUUUAUUAAGGGCGCUCAAGUUUUGUGUAGAGCAACCAAAAUGCACUGAUGAAUUGGAAGGCAUCGACCCACAUAAUCUUGGUUGCAUGAAAUACAAACUUAAUAAACUUGUGGCUGAUCGGAAAUAUCUUGCCAAUAUUAUGAAAGAUUUAUAUAUUGAACUGGCGCUAGAUAAAACUUAUGACACACUCAGGAACAGUGUCAAGGUCGUCGUCAACCGAAAUGAUCAUCUUAAGUUUUUGUUAGAGGAUGAAGCGAAGAAUCGAAUAAUUCGUCGUGAUUUGAAUAAACAGUUGAGACAACAACGCAAUCAUAUAAAAUCCGUCAUCUACGAUACUGACGUACAUAUUGAAGAUUUGAAUUCACAAGUAGAAGAUGCAGUACUGAAUUCCGAAUGUUGUAGCAGAUACGUCGACAACUGGCAGCGAGCUCGCACCGAGCAACACAUUCAAUCUAUCAAAGAUCAAGAAUAUUCUCCGUCUACAACUAUCGAGUAUUACAAGCGGAGGUAUGAUCAUGAACAAAGAGUGCAUUCAGAAGUUGAAUUACUUGUGAACAUUAUGAUAAAUGAAACUCUUGCAAAAGUCGAAGGUUGGAUGGAUAAAUAUGAUAAAGAUAUGGAGGGGAUCGAUCUGAAAAUUCAAAUUAAGAAAAAUGACUUUCAAAAUGAACGUGAUAGACGAAUUGAACUCGAGGAAACGAUCGAGAAACACGAUAAACUAAUGAAAGACUGGGUUCAUUUCAAAGAUGAACGCGAAAAAGCACGUUUAUAUAGGGAGAAGAUGACCAAUGCAGCGAUCACUGUGCAGGCUUGGUGGCGUGGUCUCUUAGUGCGUUUGCAGUUAGGACCCUAUAAAGUACCUAAGAAGAAGGGAGCUGGACCCCCAGGGGCCAAGAAAAAGUGA